AUGAAAACAAGAUAUUUAAUAUUAACUCAUACUAUUUUUUAGUUAGUUAUUCUAGUAAGUGGGUAAUCUAUUCCCACUUAGACUUGCCCAACAUUAUCAUAGUAUGAUAUUUUAAAAGGGCAAAUUAGCUUCAUAAAAUAUAUCUCAGGCACUUCUCUUUAUGCAGUAGCUGAUAACUAAAAUAAAUUUGUAGUUGCUGAUAGCGAUUCAGCACUCAUUAAGUCCUCUUUCUAAACUUUUCAAGCUGGUGGUAGCAAUUAAAGUAGCUAAAUAAUUAGUAUCGAAUUAAUAAGUAGUUUAAGCAUGUACGUUGUAACUUAAAAUGGAAUAACAAUUAGAGACAUCGGAACAAUGACAGAUUAAUAAGUUUAAGGACUUAAUCUAAACUCUAUUGGAUAACCUUCAGGAUCAUCAACACCUUCUGUCCCAAUAAUCACUUAAUUUAAGGUCGAUCCAACUAAUUCAGGCAAUUUAUACUUUGGGAUCAAUUUACAGGGACCAACAGAUAUUUACGUUGCAUAUUUUUCUAACAACCGUUUAUCCUCAUUCCAAUUAACUUUGUAAUCAAAUCCUCCACCACCACCUACAGUAACUUUAAUUGGAAUUCUUGUAAAUUUAUAGAUUCAAAACACUCAAUUCACAGUGGUUGUUGGUUAAUAUGCUACAAAUUUAUGCUUUUCUUUCAUCUAAAUGUCUUAAGAUCCUUAGAAUGCUGUAAAUCCAUAAUGGGAUGUUACUCCUAAAUUUCCAAAUGGAUGCUCUGCAAUAACAUCUUAAUAUUUUGAUGACAACAAUAGCUUAAUAUAUAUAGCUUUUUAAUGUUUACCAAAAAAUCAAAUUUAGGUUUAUGAUAUGACUUAAUCUAAACUUACUAAAGUUCCUUAACCUCAAGGCCCUGAUUAAAAUUCUUGGACUUUACCUACUUCAACUCCUCUAAAUAGUUAAAUAACCUAGACAAUUAAUUUGAUCAAAAGUGUGACAAUAAAUAAUUCUUAAUAUUUAUUUAUGGGUGCUUCUUAAUCCAAUUAGCAAAUGCUAAUAUUUGGAAGCCUGAUCGAUUUCAAGUAAACUAGCUAUAAUUCUGCUAAUUUUUAGAAUAAAAUUACUGCUUUAGACUAUCUAACAGGAACAUCUACUAUAAUAUUAGGAACUUUAGUAUCUGAAAUAAUUCACUUUAACUAUGUCUAAAAAUUAACUUCAAUAAAUACUAAGCCUUCAAACCUUUAAAACUAUGAUACAGUUUCUUUAGAUAGCUCUGAUAAUUUGUUGAUGCUUAGUAGCACUGUUCAGCCUUCAACUGCAGGAACUAUAGGAAAAUUUAACAUUAAAUUUACUUAAUAAACUUCUCCAAUUUCCUUAGUUUCAAAUCUUUAAAAAAUUUAUUGCAUAGCAAUUUACGAUUAGACUACUUUUGCAAGAGCGCUUUUAAUUUAAGUCAAUAAACCUGGUACUCCUCCUACCAGUACUCUUUAAGUGAUGAUUGAAUUUUAAAUAUAGCAAAAUGAUGGUACUUACAAAUCUUAUCUUUCAAUGAGUUUACUUUAAGUUUAAGAUAUUAAUUCACCUAUUUCUUUUGUGAUGCAAUUUACUUCCUCGAAAACAAUUGCUAUAGCUUAUCAAUCUUAAACUAGUGCAAUAGCAAUAGUUACUUAUAACUAGAAUCCUUCUCCAUCUGUAGCAAUAUCUUACUCUCUACCAGGUGUCAUAAGUGCUAAGUAAAUUUGGUUAAUAGCAGACUCAAACAACAACAUAAUUAUACCAAAUGGACCUAAUUUAUAUUGCUAUUAAUAUACCUAAUAACCUCCAGCGCUGACCUAAAAUAGUAAAAUAAGCUAACUAAGUUUUAAUGGCGUACUUCAAAAUAUUUAUUUCUUAACUGGGGAUUAAUACAUUGGAGCUUUUGUAAACUAACCUUAGUAAAAUGGAGUAAUAUCUGUUUUAUAUAUUUAUUCAUACAAUCCUUCAACUAUGGAUACUACUGUUAAAUAUUAAACAACAAUAAUUUCUCAAGCUACUAAUCUGAUCUAUUCAAGCAGCAAUAAAAUAAUAGCAAUAACUUCAGGAUAACAAUACUAACUUUUCUAUUUAGAUACAGUUAAUAAUAAACUAACAUCUAUAUUGACUACAUAAUAGAUUGGGUCAUCUGUCUUAAAUUAUUUCAUUACAAGCACAGGAUCUCUUCUAAUUGCUUCAUCAAGCGGCAUAAUCAAAUUAGAUAUCAGCUCUAAUUGCAUAACUUAAACAUGCACUCAAUGUGCUUUAAAUGCUUAUUACAAUAUCCCUUUAACUGCUAAUAAUCCGAGCUAACUUACAGACUAAAAUGGAAGUGGUAAAACAAAUACAGAUCCUUACAUUUCUUUAGCAAAAUUUUACUCUUUCUAUUGGGAUGUCAUAAAUACUUUUUCCUCUCUAUCAAAUUAAAGUUUCACAUCUAUCUACAUCGUUAACUACAUUUAACUAGGUUCUCAAUUCAUAAAUCAGCAAAAUUUGUUUAAUAUUUAUUCAGCAAUAUCUUCUGGAUCUCUUGGAACAGUUUAAUAAUAACCUUAAUUUUCAUCAAUUUAUAUAGUUUUUUAGAGUUUUAACAAUGCUAAUUCUUAAGCAACUAGAUACCAAUAUUUCUUCUCUUCUUCUUUAACAUUACCUAGCAACCUAGCUUCAGUUACUUUUUAAGAUAUUGAAUUUUGCUAGUUAUCUUAAUUUAGUGGAAAUUUAUUUACAAGCUCUUCAAAUUUAUUUAUGUUGUCUAAUGUAGGCUUUUCAACAACUGAUGCUCUUAAAAAUUAUCAGGUUACCAGUCUAUAAAUAUAACUUUUAGCAGGUCAGUAAUUUAAUUUAGCUUAAUCUAGCAUAUCUAACCUCCAGUUUCCUGCAAUGAUUCCUGCACUGAUUAAUGUUAAUAGUUAUUUAACUGUUACAGUAGACACAGUGGUAUUUGAUGGUUGUAAUUUUAAUGGAGCGAGUCUUAUAAAAGGAAAUAAUCCUAGUCCAUAAGUUAUCAUAAAUAAUUCCAAAAUACUAAACAGCUAAAUAGUUUAAGCUAAUUAAGUUUAGGUUUUUAUUUCUUUUUCGCAGCUUAUUAUUACUACAUUUACAAUCCAAUCAAAUACAAUUAAAAACUUUUUGCUGUUCCAAAAUCAAGAAUGCACAGAUGUAGUUUCUUGCCAGUCCGUAUCUGUCUCAAUAUCUACACUCACUUUAAAAUCGAACCAAGUUACUAUAGGAUCUUCCUAAGUUUAAUUUGGGCUCUAAAUUAGUUUUAGUUCUAGUAAUUUACAAAAUUAAAUUUGCAUUUAAAAUUCCUCAAUCAGCUAAAACACAGUGACGAUUGUAUCUUCAGGUUCAUAACAAUAGGGCAGUGAUAUAUUGAAAUCAAUAAGCUAGAAUUUCUUCUUGGUAGCAAGCAACGUUUUCAAUGUAACUAUGAUUACAGUCACUUUUAUAGAUAAUGGGGCAACUGGUUUUAUGCAAGGAACAAAGAUGUAAGGAGUAAAUAUAACUUCUUUGAGUUGCAGCCAAUCAUAACUAUCCCUCUCUUAGAGUUAAUCCAGUUGUUUAAAUUUGCUAGAACACACUAAACUCAACCUUAAUAUUGCUACAAGCUCGUUUAAAAAUAUUUUUGUGCUUAAUGGGUAUGUUAUAUCAAUAACAACUUCCUCAUUUACUUCAGUUGACUCUGGAAGUUAUGAUGGUAGUGUUAAAAUAUCAAAUACUUAAUUUGAAAAUAUUUCGAUUCAAACAAAUUCAGAAUUCAUUACUGGAUCAGUUAUUAAUUACAACACUUUGCAAUAGGAUAGUAUUAUUUUAGAUACAGUUACUUUUACUACCAUUAAACUUACUACUCCGACCAAAGUAUUUUCUCCUCUAGGAUCUGCCUUAACUGUGUAUGCACCUUUUUCAAAUCUAGCAUAGACAACUUGUACCUUUCAAAACUUUCAAUCAAACGGACCUAAAGGUCCUCAAGAAAUUAAUGUGAGGAUAUUUUCAAUAAUAAAAGGGACAUUCUUAUAAAGUAAUUAUUAGCAGAACAUCUAUACUUAAACAGGUGGUUUUGGUAAGUUGACUGCAAGAUAAGGUUCUAUUGAUACUAGUACCUUUUCUUAUGCUAAUGCUCUAACAGGUGGAGCUUUAUACUUAGUUCCUACUAUUUCUUAAAGUGUUUUCACAAUAACUAACAGCUAGUUUACGAUGCUUUCUUCUAUUUAGGAUGGUGGAGCAAUCAUGUUUGCUCAGAUAACGGAUUAGACUACAUUAGGAUUAACUGGAUGUACUUUCUCUUAUAUAUUUUCUCUUGGUAAUGGUGGCUGUAUAAAUUCUGCUUAUGUGCUAUCUACAAACAGUGAUAUAACAUCAUUUACUAAUAUUCCUACAAUAAAUAUGUCAAAAAGCACUAUAAAUGAUGUAUUUUCAACUUAAGGAGGUAUACUCUAUGUUUAAAAUAUGAAUUUAAAUAUAGAUAACAUGACUGUAAGCGGAAUAAAUUCAAAUAUUGCUAAAACUAGUAACAACGAUGAUGUUUCAUAAACACUUAAAGAUUUUGUUAAUUUUGGUCCCCUAUUCUAUAUAUACCAGUCAAAUGUUUCUUUUAAAACUAGUGUAUUUGAUGCUUUAAAAAUACAUUUAUCAAUUUCGUAAAAUUAAGAUACGAACUUUAUGGUCUCAACCUAUAAGUCAAUCUUGAAUUUUAAUGAUCUUAACAUAACGAAUGCUUAGUUUUCAAACUCCAAUUUUAUUGUAAUAAGUAAUUCAACUUUUACAUGCACUACUUUAAACAUUACUACUGCUCAAUAUUAAGCUCAAUCAAGUACUAGAUUGCUUAAUUCAAGGGCUAUUUUAUAGGAAAGAAGCACUAGAUUAUCAUAAAUAAUACCUAAAUAAUUAGAUGCAAGAUUAAAAAUAUUAGAUAAGAAUGAUAGAUUAUUUGAUAUAAGAUCUAGAUUGCUUCAUAAAAGUUUUAGGAUAUUAUAAUCAACGUAAUCUAUUGAUGCCUCUCAAGCUAUAUCGCUUUUAGUAAUAUAGAAGCUUUCUACAAUCACAGCUACUGGUAUUUAUAUUUAGAAAGUUACAUGUUCAGCUGCUAACUGUUUUGGUGGCGGUAUUUUAAUUAAUUAAUCUUCUGGUUCUGUAAGUUCAUCUAACAUUUCUUUCAAUAGUGCCACUUACGGUGGAGGAUUUGCUAUUUACAAUCCUUCAAAUACUAUAAAUAUUCAAGGUGUAACCUUAAACAAUAACACAGCAAGUUCCAAUGGAGGUGGAUUAUUUUUUUAUUUGACUAGCUCUCAGCAAUUACUAAACAUACAAAAGUCUACUUUAGAUGGAAAUGUUGCCAAUAUCGGUGGAGGAGCAUAUUUAAACUAAGUUGUUGCUUCAGCUAGCGAUCCAAGUAAAGUCAUUGUCACAAUUACCGACACUAGUAUUUCUUCAAAUACCUGCAACCUUUACGGAGGUGGUAUUUCCUAUGUUGGAGUAGAUCCAAGUAUGACAAAUACCAAACUCCUAGAUAACCAAUCAAAAACUAGUUUUGGUGUUAAUAAAUUUUCUUCUCCUGCAAGCUUAGUUUGGAACAAAGAAAAAACAAAUAAAAACUCUGCAAACUAGAUAAUUCUAAAUUAGACAAAUGUUAAUGGUGUAGUUGUUUAUACUUUACCAGAUCAGUAAAGUGCCUAAACGGUCACCCCACUUAUUUUUAAUUUACUUGACAGUGAUAAUGCUAUUAUUACAACAGAUUACACUAAUUUGCUUACAACUAAAGUAACUUCUACUAUUACUGUAGAUUCUUCUUUGAGUACUAAGAUAUAUCUAACAGAGCAAAAUGUAUACAGCUUUGACCCUAAUAAUUACUUCAACUAUACAAAUAUUAAUAUUGCAGGUAUUCCUGGCUCACCUGUAAUCUUAAAUGUUUAAUCCAACUAAAUUAUAGAUCCAGUCACUUAGUAGGAAGUUUAUAAAAUUGUCUUAAAAUUUAAUCUUCUUUACUGUGUGAGAGGAGAAGUUUUUUAAGCAUUCAAUUUUAUAACACCAAAUGAUGGAGCUAAAAUGUUUUAUUAAUGCAAUUACUGUAAAAGCGGAACGUAUUCUAUAAUAUAUCCCAAACUUGAAGACACAACAGUGCACACUUGCUAAAAAUGCUCAAAUAAUGCUUAAUGUCCAGGAGGAGAUGUAAUUUAAGUAAAUCCAAGCUAUUGGAGAAUUAAUGAUUAAGAUGAUUUGCUAAUUUACUGUGAGAAUGCUCCAGGUAACUGUUUGGGAGGAGCAACUAAUUCUACUUGCUCAAUUGGACACGUUGGUGCUCUUUGUGAAUCUUGCGAUAUUGAGAAUAAUUACACUAGAGCAGGAAAUUUCUAAUGUGCUAACUGUGGAGAUGUUUUGCUUAACUCACUAAAAGUUAUUGGGUUAAUGGCGUUUUAUGUUUUAAGUGCAAAAAUGAGUGUAAAUGGAAUUUUAGGAAAAGUUUAAUAAGAGUGGCAUGGUAACGUAGAAAUGGAAACAAAUGCUUCAAUUAUUUUAAAGUUAUUCUUAACAUAUAUUCAAAUCAUUAUGGUUAUGACAACUUUUAAUAUUUCAGUUCCAAAUACUUUGAAUACUGGAGUUUCAUCUGUAUCAAGUCCAACAGUUCAAGUUCUUUAUUCAUUUGAAUGUUUCUUUUACUAAAUAUCGCUGAAAACAAAUAUAAAUAUCAUUUACAUUGCUUUGAUAUUUGAUCUAAUUCUACCUAUUAUUUGCGUUAUUAUGUUUGUGCUAUCAGGAUUAAUAUCUUACAGAAAUAAUAUUUUCUAUAAAUCAUUUUAUAUAUAUACAUCUCUUUUAUAUUGCUUGAUGUAUUUCCAGCCAAACAUCUUUAAAGAUGCCAUAUCUCUAGCAAGCUGUAGGGACAUCGGAAGAAAAUCAUAUAUUAGAUAUAAUGUAUUCUUUGAGUGUGAUACAGAUGAAUAUAAAGUUUGGACUGUUAGAUUUGUUCUCCCAGUUAUAUUGGUGCUUGUAUUUAUCAUACCAGGGCUAAUUUUAUGGAGAAUAAAAGUAAAUUAAAACACUAAAUUAGGAUAAAGAAAAUUCAGCUUUAUGACAUCUGAAUACACAUAAAAAGCUUUUUAUUGGGAAAUUGUAAAAAUGAACUUAAAGCUAUUUAUUAUGUGCAGUUUGAAUUUUUUAGAACACGACUACCCAAACAAGAUUAUGUCAAUAUUCUUUUUAGUCGUGGUUUAUGGUGUUUUACUAUUUUUUGUCAAACCUUAUAACAAAGAAUUAUAUAAUACAAUUGAUAAAUACUCAAUGGCAGUUUUAUGCUUAUCUAUUUAUUUUGGAUUUAUAGCUUACUAUAACAAUGCUACUUUCUGGGUUUGGUUAAUAGCAGUGGUAUUAAUUGGAAUUUUGAACAUCAUUUUUAUCAUUUGGUGCAUUUAAAAUCUUAUUUUAGCAUAUAUUCCUCUAGUUAAAUCAUAGCAGAAAAAUUAUUACAAUAUUCUUAUGAGCAUCAGAUUUAUUAGAAAUAAGUUCUUUUCAAAAGAGAGAAGAAUAAGAUAUUUAUGGAUGUUCUGGAUGAAAGGAUUAAUAAAGUAAUUAAAAGAUAUGAAACUGUAUAAUCCAUUAUCGUUUGAUCCAGAAAAAAAUAGAAUUUCACGCAAAAUGAUUAUAAAAGCUCUAAAAGAAAAGACAAAAGAAGGAGAGCUAUAAAUAGGCUAUGAAUCCUAAGAUAAAAAAGAUGAAGAUGAAGACGAUGACGAAAAUACAGAAAAAGGUGAUAAAAAGAAAUAUUUAAAAAUGAAAGUCAUUGACAACAACAAAUUUAGCAGUGUAAAACUAUUAGAAAAAUAACUUUAGAACGUUGAUACAAAUAAAGGUUCACCUCCUACUUCAUAUCUGACAAGCACACCUAUAAAUUAAGAAUAAAUUGCAUUAGAUAUUAAAUGA